GCAGAAGUUGGCGCUGCAGCUGCACUGCCUGUGACAGCGCCGCCAGAGUCGGAAUGAACGCGCCGAGUAAGUGUCAGGAUGGAUGAGGGAGGUUUUGGGUCAGUGGGCUGUGGAAUAACGCCGCGCCGCGCUGCCGCGUCCGGAUUCCGAGAUGGUGGCGCGUCCGCGCACCGGGACACCGGCAGAAAAAUGACACCCCGGCGUCUGCAUUCGCACGACCAUCAUCGGCGUCAGGACGGACCGACGGCGGAGUAGAGAGAGAGAGAGAGGGGAGGUCGCUGUCAUGGAGAAACAAAGCAGAGUCAAGGAGGACACGAAGGAGGAGAAGCGCAAAGAGAGGAAAACCAAAUCCGGGAAGCUUUUCCGAAAGAAAUCGCUCAAGUCCGUGGGAAGCUUCGUGAACAGAAUCAUGAAAACUUUGGGCACUUUCACCCACUUCGGGGACGGGGACGCGGAGGACGACGACGGCGGGUUCGGAGACGGCGCACCUUGCACCCUCACCGCCAGCUCGGGGAUGAUCAGGGAGGACACACCGCCGGCGGCGGCGGUUUGGGACCGGGCGGCGAAGCACCCGCAGAGCACGUCUUCGUCUCUGUGCGCCGGCAGAGAGAAGCUGCUGUACCAGUAUGGAGACAAAGUCCCGGGCGUGCUGGGGCUGAAGAACCACGGGAACACCUGCUUCCUGAACGCGGUGGUCCAGUGUCUGAGCAACACCGACCUGCUGGCGGAGUAUCUGGGACUGGAGCGCUACAAGAUGGACCUGAGGAAGGGCAGAGGCACCGGGCCGGGGGCUGAGGAGAGGCGGCCGGUGAAGGGAGAAGUUACGGAGCAGCUGGCGGGUCUGGUGAGGGCUCUGUGGACUCUGGAGUACACCCCGCUGCUCUCGGUGAACUUCAAGACGGUCGUGUCCAAGUACGGAUCCCAGUUUCGUGGCAACUCCCAGCACGACGCCCUGGAAUUCCUCCUGUGGCUGUUGGACCGCGUCCACGAAGACGUCAUACUGGCGUCACACAACAACAACAACAAGACCAAAACUCCUGAGAAGGGUCCCGGUGGAGCUGACGAGGUGCCGUGUACCGACCCGAUCCCGUCCCAGCAGCCCAGGGCCCAGCACAGCUUCGUCCAGGAGCACUUCCAGGCUCAGUACAAAUCUUCCCUGACGUGUCCCCACUGCCUGAAACAGAGCAACACCUUUGACCCUUUCCUCUGCAUCUCGUUACCCAUCCCUCUCCGCCAGACGAGGCUGCUGUGCGUCACUCUGGUGUUCAGCACCAAAGGCCAGCGGUACCUGCGGGUCGGCAUGGCCGUGCCUCUGUUCGGCUCCGUGGCCUGCCUCAGGAGGAUGGUGGCGGACGAGGGCAAGCUCUCCCCAGACCAGGUGAUCCUCACAGAGGUGUACUCCACCGGGUUCCACCGCUCCUUCUUUGACGAGGACGACCUGACGUGCAUCGCCGAGAACGACGUCAUCUACGCCUUUCAGGCGCCCCCGCUCUACAUCAGAGGGGGCUCUGCGCGCAUCUCAGGGUAUCAUCACAGCCUGCCAUCAUCUCCUUACUCCUCCGGGCCUGAGGGUCAAAGGUUACCUUCAUCUGGAGCCUUAUCGUCAGAGUUCCUCAACCACGGUGUCCCAGUCAAGAUCCUGCUGCUGGUGUGCAAUGGUGCUGGAACAGGCCAGCAGACUGUAAGGUUUGGGCCGCCAUUCCUAAUGAGGGAGGACCGGUCUAUUUCCUGGGACCAGCUCCAGCAGAGCAUCCUCAGCAAGCUGUACUACCUGAUGAUCAACGGCGCUCACGCCCAGAAUAUCAGAGUGCUCUUCAACAUCCGCGUGGUGGGAGGAUCCACGUUUCACAACUACCUGUCGCCUCAGGAUGGCAGACCGCUGCACCACCCCGCCGUCGACAGGGCCCUGAAGCUGUGCGGCUCUGGAGGGCCUCCUCACGUGAAGCUCAUCAUCGAGUGGGAGCACAGAGUCAAAGACUGCCUGUUCGGUAACAUCCACGAAGAAGUGGUGAAGGACGGCGACAGCGUACGAAACCUGCAGCAGCAGCACGUCCAGCAGUUCAGCUGCACCUUGGACGAGUGCUUCCAGCUCUACACCAAAGAGGAACAGCUCGCCCCAGAUGACGCCUGGAAGUGCCCGUACUGCAAGCAGCUCCAGCAGGGCAUGGUGAAGAUGAGUCUGUGGACCCUGCCGGACAUCCUCAUCCUCCACCUGAAGCGGUUCAGGCAGGUGGGCGAGCAGCGGAACAAGCUCACCACCUUCGUGCAUUUCCCCCUAGCGGGACUGGACAUGACCCCCCACAUGGUGAGCCGCAACAACGGCCCCCACCACGGCCCCCUUCAGCCGGGCUGGAAGCACUGCAGGCGGCCUGACCUGGCUCCUCCAGACUUCCUGUACAAUCUCUACGCCGUCUGUAACCACCAUGGAGGGAUGCACGGCGGUCACUACACAGCCUUUUGUCGAAACUCGGUCGACGGUCAGUGGUACAGUUACGACGACAGCACCGUUGAGCCUGUCCCGGAGGCCGAGGUCUGCACACGAGGAGCUUACAUCCUCUUCUACCAGAAAAGAAGCACCAUCCCUCCCUGGUCUGCCAGUUCCUCCCUCACUGGUUCCACCAGCUCAUCCACCUCUGACCACUGGCUGGUCCGGCUGAACGGGGAAAGCGGUGGCAGCGUGGUCUCGGGGGUUCCCAGUCCGGCUCUUUUGGAACCGGGAUUUGCUCCGGAGUCUCCUGAGUUGCCGGUGUUUGGAGACGAACCCAACAGAGGAGUAGAAGGAAAUGGCUCCAAUCAGAUGAUGCGAGGUACCAAGGUUAGGAGCUUAAGCAUGAGGUCACCUGCCAAGCCCAAGGACGCCCUGAACAAAGUUCUUCCACUGCGUUGGUCUUUUGGGUCCAAAGACCGCAUCAAGCACCCGGCACAAGUCCAGUCUGGAGAGCUGGUGGAGUACCUGGAGUCUGGACGCCGGCCCAGAUGCACCAAAGACCCUAUCAUCACACUGGUGGCCACUCCGCCACAGAGGAGAGUCCUUGACGUGGGACAGAACUGCAGCUCACCCAGCGGCAGCAGUCUCAGCUGUACGGACAGGCUCAGUUGUGACGCUUGUUACUCUCCCAAACUCCCAGAGGGGCAAAGGCGAGCCUGUCUGGAAAGAAACGCAGGCCAAGCAUCUGAUAACGACGGAAACCUCAGUUCAAGAGAUGAUGAUGGUUUGAGGCAAGGAUCUUUAUCUAAGAGACUGAGAACUGACCAGGUCAGGGCUCUGGACUUCUACCUGCACAGAGGGGGCAUUCUGGGUGGCCAUAUAAGCCACAGUGCUCCUCCAAGCAGAGAGUCUACGCUUAGAAGAACCACCGUUCAGGUGACUGGCCUCACCAGGGCCCAAAAAGACUUAUCACAGACGAUGGAAGGCAGGAGGAACCCAACAGGAGAUGAGGGUCAGAGCCAAGAAAAUCUCUUGUCGUUUUUCAAGCCGGUUUUGAUGAACAAAGACAUUCCUAGGUCCCCAGGCAAAGAACAAGUGAGACAAAUGAAUAUCUGCCACGAACAUCUAGGGAAACUGGCGAGCAGUAAUUUAGCCAAGCUGUCGCUUUCCAAUGGGACUCUUCCAGCACCAGGUAGCAGCGUUCCCACCUGCGAUGGCCACAGCUGCAAAGCCCACCCAGUCAAUGGAAAAGCUGUUAAUCAGGAGCCUGUGGACAUCCAGCGGGCUCACAGCUCCAGCAACAUCCAGACCAAGCUGGAUUUCACGUUUCGCAGAUGUGCCUCCCUCCAGAGGAACGGGGAGGUGGGGAUCCCUCAGGCGCACCGUGUCCUGCUGUCAGACAAGCCUGGCUACUCCACGCUGCAGCGGACGCGGUACAGCACCACCUCCCUGGUGCCCAUGUGACAGCCAAGAAUGACGGCCAAACAAAAGGACCUCUCACCUGGUUUCCCAGCAGGGCCCCCAGAGACGCGCCCUCUGCUGGAGGCAUUGCUUACAGCAAACGACAUCUCUAUUUUAUUUUUUUUUUCAUUGUUACUGUUUUAGGUUCUUACCUGUGUGUGUCUUAAACUAAAUCUAUGCAGAGUUAUUAAAAGAAUCUGAGGGAAAUUACUAGUUUUCCCCUCCCUCCUCUCACUCUUUUCUCACACUGUUUACCGAUUUUUGAUUCUUUUUUUAUUUUAUUUUACUUUUUACCGUCUGUUUGAGUUCAUCGUCAGCAUUUGGGAAAACGAGGGCAAUUUGUGAAUGCUCUACGCUUGAGCUUCCAUGCGAACUCUCAGGAACGCAGGAAGUUGUUUUUUGAUGAGUGCAGUUUGUUUUGACGUAUAAGAAAGAAAUACUUGCUCUACUGAUGGGCCGGCUUAUUAAAAGACUACAAAAAAGUACUAACACUGGCCUAAAAAUUAAAGCACUGGACAGUUUGCUGUUAUAGAGUCCAUUUUUAAAAUGAUUUAUUUAUCAAAUUAAUGUGUAUAUAUAUAUAUAUAUAUAUUAUUAAUGCACUUCUUUAAAUGAUUUUAUUCUUUUUUUUAACAGGCAACUAACCUGUCGGAUGGCAUAUGGAGGCAGUGACACAUGCUAUUUUUUAAGCGUUUGAUACAUGGAGAUGUGGAAAAUUAUCCCAUAAGCUGAUCUGACUUUUGAUGUUUUGUGGACGGAUGCAGCGGGAAUUUGUACGUUAGAAAUUAUUCUAUCAGAAACCAGCAAAUGUAAAAGGACAAACAGAGAAAGAAAUCGUCUCGCAUACAUCUGCCGCCUUUAUUGAUAUGAUGCAACUUUUUCACAUUUUGUCACCUUUCAUGGGAAUUUUGUGUGCCGGACCAACAUAAAGUGGUGUCUUAGGUUUAAAUCUUACCACAGUAUCUCAGUUGUAUUUACGUCUGGACUUUAACUGGGCCAUUCUAACGCAGGAAUGUCAAUCUAAAUAAUUCCAAAGAACAUCGUAGCCCAAAACUAUUCAUACACCUGGUAGAUUUAGGUUUAAAGUGAUCUUUUUUUUUCUUUUUUUUUCUGACCGGAAAAGAAGGCAGAAUCCUGACUUGAAUCUGAUAGCGACAUGUGGAGGGAGUUAAGAUUAGGGUGAUGGCAGGGAGGACUUCCUGCUUUGAAGACUUGGAGGUCGUCACCAAAUCCUGGGGAAAAGAUGCAAAACAGCUGCUCCGCAAUCAUUUGAAGGGCUUAAAUCCUAUAAUGCUAAUAAAAAAACAUUUUUUAUUGUUUAUUUAGAAAGCAAAAAAAAUUUAUUAAUUAAGAAGCCCCUUUUUUAAUGAAAUGUAAAUAAAAGCGCCCAUUUUACAUUGUUUUCUUAUCUUUUAAGGAACAUCUUUGUUGAAUGAGAAUCAUUUUAAAUACGAGUCUGCCAGAAAUGCGAAUAAUUUUGGACUUGCUGUGACUCUAGCUGAAUAUUUAGGGUCAUUAAUCCGCUGGAAGACGAACCUCCACACCUUUGUCCACCUUUCACCUUUUACAGUGCUGCUCUUCCAGAUUUAUCCCACACUUGACACCAAAUAAAUGACCCCAUUCCUUCUGAAAAUAAAGUCUCCCCGAUGCCUGAUGCUACCAUCACCUGUGUUUCACAGAUCUGCACUGACCAGAGCAACUUCUUCCACCUGUUUGCAACUGAAAGCAGCACUUUUCAUGGCUCCCCCCCCCCCCCCCCCCCCCUUUUACCAUCAAAUCCAGAGCUCAACUACCUUUCCAAAAGCAGUCAGCUGUAAUAGAUUUUAUGUAGGAGUAUUAGAGUAAAGAUGUGGCUUUAACAUUUUUGAAAAACAAGUGUAAACCAUGUUCUGUUCCACUUCACUUUAUGUUGCUCUCUCAUAUAAAAUCCUUCAAAAAUGUCUACAAUGCGACACAAUGUGGAAAAGUUCCGAGGUGGGAAUACUUUUGAGAUUUUUUUUUUGUUUUGCAUAAUGUCCCAUAAGUUGGUGCGACUAUAGGAAAAAUAAACACACACUCACACCAAACUCAUCAUUACAAAGGCUUCCAGCGUAAUCUCCAUAAAUAUGCAAGUGGAUACGAGUUAGCUGAUGGCUAAGAGACUCCCAGACAACCUGCAGAGCAAUAAGUGAGAGAUUUAAUAUUCAAACCCGGUUGUAAGGAUGUACACGUGUGAAGUGCAGUGAAAUUGUGAUUGUUUCUUACAAAAUAUAGCUGUCACAAAGGACUGGAUCCAGGAGCGGCUUUUGGAGGAGCUUUUUUUUUUCUGUUUGUGAUUGAAAGAGGGAAUUAUUCCGUGAGCACAAAGUCAUUCGUGGUGAUCACGGUUCGUCGGAUUCUCACAACUUGUCGGGUGGGGGCAGUUGUCAGUUAAGCAGCUGCAUCUGUAAUGCACGUCGUUCACAGUCUUCAGUCAUAAAUAUUCUGUCUCUGUCAGCUUUUUUUUUUUUUUUGCUUUUUUUUUUGCUGUCAGGAGUGAAACUCAAAGGGAAUAUAACCACGGUUCUGAUUCAUUUUCAACCUCAGUAUUUUUCCAGUUUUUGCUACUUCACGUGCUUCCUGAGCUUUCAUUUGCCUCCGAUUAAUAUUAAUGAGCGUCUCCGGCUGUUUGCAUUGUCGCACCGACGCUUUAGCAACGGCGCGAAAAAGGAAAGAUGCGAUGAGACAUUAUUUCGGAAAUUUGGUUAGAUUAUAUUUUAGUAACUUUUUUUUUUUUAGGGGGGGGAAUAAAGUCUACAUUUUGUACCUGAUUUGUAACUGUGCAAUUAAAGUACCAGACUAAAACUGUAUGUUUCACAUGACUUCAUGUGGUCAGAAUGUUACAUGGGGGAAAGUGGGUUUAAAUUUGGACACCUGCACACACACACACGUGUUUGUGUUGGACUGUCCAUUAUGUGUGCCGUAAUGCAAGUUUUAACGAUUGCAAAUUAAACACAGCGUUUCUCACAAAUGUC